UUGAAAAUUUGUGGAAAAUCAACAAGGGAAACCCCAUAAACUUUAAACACCCAAAAAAGACACACUUGCCCGGAAAAAGAGAGAAGAAAAUGUCAAAUUUCCUGCAAUUUUUAGUGCCAAAUGUAACAUCCAUGUUGCUCCAAACCUUUGUUUUAACCAUCUUGGCCUUCAUGUUCAUACUCCUAUUCAAAUGGUCCUCCUCCCUUACAAACAGAAACACCAAAAAAAACUCACCACCUUCGCCACCAAAGCUACCAAUCAUUGGAAACCUUCACCAACUUGGCUUGCAGCCUCAUCGUUCACUUGAAACCUUAGCUCAACGCCACGGCCCUCUCAUGCUGCUUCACUUUGGCAGCGUACCAGUCCUUGUUGUCUCGUCUGCUGAUGCUGCCCACGAGAUCAUGAAGACCCAAGACCUCAACUUUGCAAACCGCCCCAAAUCAAGCAUGUUCGAUAAACUAUUGUACAAUUACAAAGAUGUGUCAAUGGCUCCCUAUGGUGAGUAUUGGAGGCAAAUGAAAAGCAUACUUGUGCUACAUCUUUUGAGUAACAAAAGGGUUAAGUCCUUUCACUAUGUGAGAGAGGAGGAAACGUCCCUAAUGAUAGAGAAAAUCAAGCAGUGUUAUGAUUCAUCUACAUCUGUGAAUUUAAGCGAGGUGUUUGCAAAGCUCACUAAUGAUGUAGUAUGUAGGGUGGCCUUGGGAAAGAAAUAUGGCGAAGGGGAAGGUGGAAGGAAGUUUAAGGAGCUUCUAGGGGAGUUUGUGGAAUUGUUGGGUGUCAUAAGCGUGGGGGACUAUAUUCCAUGGCUUUCUUGGGUGAAUCUUGUCAAUGGCUUGGAUGCUAGAGCAGAGAAAGUGGCUAAACAACUUGAUGAUUUUCUAGAAGGAGUAAUUGAAGAGCAUUUAAAUUUUGAGAAGAAAGAGGGUCAUGAUCAUGUUCUUGGUGACUUUAUGGAUGUUUUGUUUUGGAUACAAAAGGAAAAUGUGAUCGGUUUCCCUAUUGAUAGAGUUAGCAUUAAAGCUCUAAUCCUAGAUGCAUUCGCGGCUGGUACAGACACUACGUACACAGUCUUAGAUUGGGCAAUGACAGAGCUCCUAAGGCAUCCAAAGAUGAUGAAGAAUGUGCAAAAUGAAGUUAGAGAGAUCAUUGGCAACAAAAAGGGCAUAACCGAGUAUGAUUUAGAUAAAAUGCAUUACUUGAAGGCAAUAAUCAAAGAGACUCUUCGUCUUCAUCCACCUAUUCCAUUGCUGAUUCCCCGAAAAUCAAUUCAAGAUGCCAAAAUACAUGGGUAUGAUAUUGCAGCUGACACACAAGUCAUUAUCAAUGCAUGGACAAUUGGAAGAGACCCUACGUUAUGGGACGAACCAGAGGAGUUUCAACCAGAAAGGUUCUUAACUUCUGCAGUAGAUUUUAAAGGACAUGACUUCCAAUUUAUCCCAUUCGGAGCUGGAAGGAGAGGUUGCCCAGGAAUUUCCUUUUCCAUAACCACAAUCGAGCUUGUUUUGGCAAAUCUUGUUCACAACUUUGAUUGGACAUUGCCUGGUCGAGCAAGAGGAGAGGAUUUGGACAUGACUGAAUCUACUGGUUUAACCAUUCAUAGAAAAUUUCCUCUUAUGACAAUUGCAACUCCAUAUUCUGGCUAGUAGUAUAUAAAGGCCAUAAAUAUUAGUAGCAGCAGAAUCCCCAAGUUCAUUUUGGCUAAUAAAUACUAGAAUUGGUCGGUUUGAGUUUC